CUGUUAUUGAUUGUGCUGCCUAUCCAACAUGGCGGCUCCUGACUGCGUCUUCCACAGAACUCUGACCCGGUCCAGAUCCGGCCCAAACAAGGCAUCCUCGUCCUCGUCCUCUCCUGCUGUCUGCAGGGAGUUCCUGUGUGUGGUGGACAUGCAGCGGUACAGCAGAGACCAGGGAUCCUCCGUCUACUUCCCCCAGGCUGUCCUCAAUGCAGGUGAUGACCUGUAUGACAUCACACUGACAGACGGAGACUGCAGGCUUCGUGUGACUCUGGAUCCUGGUCUGAACCGGCUGGUCGAGAGGAACGUCCUGCAGCCAGGGUCGAUGCUACGAAACGCCGCCUUCGCCCCCGCCAUGACAGCUCAGCUCCCAGAAUGCCCUGGGGCCUCUGGAGACAGAGACAGCUACAGACUGGUGAGCGUGGAGGUCAAAGAUGGAGCUGCAGGUGACGAUGAUGAGGAGGAAGAUGGAGUCAGGAGGUUUGACGUGGACCAGGACUCUCUGCCCUGGUUUGGAUUGUCAGAACCUGCAGGUUCUUUGGUUCCUCUGAGAGCCAAUAGGAGCGUGUUCCUCCCUCUGUGGAACAGUGUGGACUACAGCGGGGAGGUGUGGAGAGAAGCCCCGCCCAUUGAGGAAGAGGAUGGAGAUGAAGAGGAGGAGGAGGUUCAACGUCCUGCUGUGACCGUGUCAGAACUGCGUGACUCCUUCCUGAUCGGUCGCCGGGGCGUUUCCAGGGGCGCUGUCCAGCAUCAACUGAUCGUACGCAUCAUCAACAAGUCACACCUGAUGUAUUAUGGGAAAACAGACCGGAACUGUGAGUGUCCAUAUAAGGCGGUGUUGGAGGUGUGUGACAGGACAGGAAGUGUGUGUGUGGUGUUGUGGAACAGUGUGUGUGUGAGCUGGUAUCGCUGUCUGAAGCCUGGUGACAUCAUCAGCCUGAGACGCUAUCGAGUCAAACAGCAUUACCAGGCCGAGUCAGAUGAUAUAGAGAUCAGUGUGAACAGCAGGAAUCCUGCUGCCCGCAUCUCUGUUCUCCCAGAAUCCUCUGUUUCACCUGAACAUCUCCCACCUGCUCCGUCCUACAGCUUCUACAGCAGCAAGGAGCUCCUGGAGCGUCCUCAUGGCGUAGUGUGUGAUGUCAUUGGCCUUCUGACGUUCUCAGGACGACCCCAGCGAAUCAGGAGCAAGGAUGGCAGAGGGGCGGAGCUUUUGGAAUAUCGUUGGCUGCGAUUGGAGGACGGGACUAGCAAUCACCCAAUAAUGGUGAAGCUCUUCUCCACAUCUCAACCUGAGUCCCACCGCAAGCUCUACCCAUUGUCAGUGGUCGUCUGUACCAGACUGAAGGUGAUCAAAGCCGCUGAUCAGACAGACGCCAGCUUCUACCUGACAAAUACAACAUACACACAGGUGUACUGCACAGGGCUGGGCCACCACUCGGAGAUGAGUUACCGUAAGCUCCGGCCGGUGCGACACUUCCUCCUGUGGCUGAGGAGCCAGGAGGAUGGACAGGUGCUGAGCAGGGCCCUGAUUGGAGGAUUCUUCAUCUACCCGCCUCCUCCCGUCUCCUUGGAAACCUACAUGAAGGACAGGAGAGGUGAGCUGGGGUUCCUGCGAGGGGCGGAGCUUCAGAGGGAGGUGGAGAGACUCUGUUACCGGGAGCGACGCAGCUUCUGUAUCCAGGCAGCUGUUACCAUGGUUACAUACAGCCGCAGAGGAGAGGAGGAUCGCUGUUUGUUUUGGACGGUCCGACCUUCAUCCCUCUCCUCCUCCUCUUCCUCCUCCUCCUCCUCCCCCUCCCCUCGCUUCGCCAAAUCCUCCCCUCAUCCAUCUCCCUCGCCCUCCCUCUCCUCCUCCUCCCUCCUCCCUCUGUCCUCCACGCCUCGCUCCUUCAGACCUCCUCUCUCCUCCUCUUCCUCGUUCUCUCCGAUGUCUCCGUCCUCAGCGCACAGUCAGCUGACGCCGCGUCCUCUGGACUACAGAUCAGGCAGGAGGUCGUGUAAGAGGAAGCAGCUGCUGCAGGCUGAAACGCCAAAGAAGAGACAUCCGAUGGUCACAUUACAACCAGAGCAGAACAACAAGACAGUCAUUCUGUUUGAAGCCUCCAUGGAGUUUCUAGAAAACACAAACGCCGAUGAAGAAGAUGACAGUGAUGAUGAUGAUGAUGACACCUCGUCCUUCGUCACUGCCCCCCUCCUCCCUGUCUCCCCGACGAUUGCUGUGGAGACGCUGCCGAUGCGUUAUGACCACGCCCACAGAGAGGAGCAGGCGGUUGCCGUGGCGAUGGGUGGGAGGGCGUCUGCUGCUGGGAGGUUUGACUCUGCCAUCGAGGAUUACUACACACUGAGACUGAGAGCUCUGUCAGACGGUGUGUCGGUCGACGCUGUCUUCCUCCCUCACUCCUCUUCCUCCCCAUGUCCUCCCCUCCUCCCUCACUCCAACACCUGGAUUUCCAUCUUAUCACAUGGAGCCUUCUCUUCAAACACACCUCCACCUUCACCAGCUGACCUCAUCAACAUGGCGGCCCAGCUGGCCAAUCAGAGGCUGGUGUGUGUCCUGGAGGCAUGUCACCUGGGUGGAGCUACAACAGAACUUGUCCUGAGUCGAGCGUUUCACCUGACCGACUGACCGUUUCCUUGUCAACUUAUUAUUUAACGUUUAACGUUGACGUUUUUAUACUUGAUAAUUUAUAUUAUUUAUGAAAGUAUUUCAUGUUGGAUAAAUUUGCAAGGUUACACGUUUUACAUGUUAAUGCACUUUACUAAUAUUGGGAGUUGUAGUUUUUUAACUCUACAAUAUGGACUACAUUUAAAGAGCAACAGUGACAAAUUUAAGCUGUUAAAACGAUUUCAGUUGUAGCUGUUUGCUAGAUUUUUGUACCAGAUGUGCUGGGAUUUCUAGUUUUUAGUAACACUAAAGAUUACAAACUGCAAGUGACUAUAAUUAUUUUAGCACAUAUAUUAGUACAUAUAUUUAGUAUAUAAGUAGUAUCAAUAAAAUACACUGGGACAGCUUCUAAGUACAAGAAACAAGGGGGUAACAGCUUUCUGGUUAAGGGAGGCUUAAACACAACAUGCUUAGUACCUAUUUUUUAUUAUUAUUGUUAUUAUUAUUAUUAAUUAUAACAACAACAACAACAAUAAUAGUAAUAAUAACAAUUUAUUAUUAUUAUUAUUAUAACAGUAGUAGAAGAAAAAAAUGAUUCUCGUGAAUAUGAUAUCUCAAGAACACUUUUAGGGACUUUCCUCAAAUUGGGCACAAACGUCCACUUGAAUUCAAGUAUGAACUAUAUUAGUAUUUGGUGGUCAGAGGUCAAGGUCACUGUGACCUUGCAUCUGUCACAUUGUCCUAAACGUGAUAUCUCAAGAAAAUUUUGAGGGACUUUAUUCAAAUUUGGCGCAAACAUCCUCUUCAACUCAAAAAUGAAAUGAUUAGAAUUUGGUGGUCAAAGAUGACUAUGACCUUGCAUCAAUCUUAUUCUAGUGAAUGGGAUAUCUCAAGAACAACUUAAGGAAUUUUUUCAAAUUUUGGCUAAAAUGUCCACUUGAACGUAACUUAAAAGAUUAAAGUUAUUUGGAUAAAGUAGGAAGAAAAGUGUGGCAGGCUCUUCCCCCUUUCAGCUGUGUGUGCAAUAAAACUCCAUAUCAUUAUUACUAUUUUUUGUUUUUCAUUAUCUCCUUGUUCCCUGUACUUUUUCCCUUGUGUCUCAGAUCUUAUUGGUACAGCUUACGUACAAAAUAUUUCCACAUUAAUUUGUAAUACAGUGUAAGUGUUGAAAAUGAGUUUUAAAAGAGCUUCAGUGUUGUACACAGAUGGAAAGAUGAGCUUAUUAAAGGUGAUCCAACAGGUUUAUUUGAUGUGUACACAUUGCUCGGUUUCCAUGUCUGUGCCUUUCAACAGCCACAGUUUGGAAAAAAAAAAAACUACUUCUAAAACUUAUUGCUUUAAGGACAACAAACAAAGAAAUGAAUGAUUUUGUGUUUCUUCACUUGUAUUGUACUCCUGAUUGUUUGGAGAAGGCUUUGAAACUGUAUUAAAGGUUAUACAAUUUACAAAGGGUGGUACAAAAAUCUAUAAAUUAAACAAAAAGUUCAGUUAAUACAAAUGCAACAGACCGUCUUUUUGGUCUAGGUGGUGUUGAGGGGACGGCAAUAUUUCUAAAAUCCUGGCUUCGGCCCUGGUUCACAUGUUCGCUGUUUGUUUUAACAGCAGAACCUCAGUUUGAGGUGUAAAUUCUAUUUAAGUGCCAGAAAGUCCCCUAAUGUUGUAUCUCUGUGAAGGUUUUGUAUUUGUCACAUAUUUUGUAAGAUAUUUACAUUUAGUAGGAACCUCGUAGCCCCAUUCUCAGCUGAAUGUUUGUUUUUGUCCUUCUGGCUGUCGAUCUGUUUGUUUUUCUAAAGUGUGUACAGUUUUUCAUUAUGGAGAGUUAAUGUUUUUAUUGCAGUUAAAUAAAUUCUCUCAGUUUAAUAUUUAAA